AUGUUCACCAUCUCUACCGUGACGCAGCGCACUUCCGAUACAGGCCACCCACUGCUGCUUCUACAAUCGAACCAUGGGGACAAGUACCUGAUCGGGAACGUCUCUGAGGGGGCUCAGAGAGCUGUCACAGAAAACAAAAUCAGACUGUCCAAACUUUCCAAUAUCUUUCUCACAGGUCAACUAGACUGGUUUAACGUCGGUGGGUUGCCCGGGCUUAUUCUCACCAUAGCGGACCAGGGAAGAGAGAAACUCUGUCUGCAUUACGGGAGUCCGCUUCUCGAUUACGUUGUUGCCACGUGGAGAUCGUUUAUAUUCCGUUUCCGAAUCGGACUGAGCAAUAGAAUCGCACCGGAAGACCCCUACAGAGACGAUGUAGUCGAAGUGACUACACAUUGUAUCAGGAGCGGUGCUGGUGAGACCCAUCUAUCGCGUAACUCGUUCCUGCGGAGUAUAGUAGGUAAAAUGUUCCCGCGAGACGCAGACCCAGCAGCGACCGCCUCACAGGAACCCUUCGUGAACGUUAAUCUACCACAGGUGGACUUGCAACAAUCAACGACUUGUUACGAAAUAGCGUUCAAGCCAAUAAGGGGCAAAUUCAAAGUACAAGAAGCCAUCAAGCUCGGGGUACCGAAGGGUCCCUCCUUCGCAAUCUUGGCAAAGGGUGGGACCGUCACGCUCGAUAGCGGUGCGAAGGUGACCCCAGAACAAGUGUUGGAAUCUCAGAGGAAGUUUGCGAAAAUACUCGUUGUGGAUAUCCCAGACAACUCGUACCUUUCCGAACUCUACACAAAGUUCAAAGGUUACGAUGCAACGGACUUAGGGGUUGUCUACUACUUCUUAGCUGAUUCCGUCGUGAUCUCUCCCGAACUUUUGAAAUUCAUGGAACUGUUCCACGGGAACAGUUCAGUGAACCAUAUUGUCUCGCAUAAAAACCUCUCUCUGAACAACAUUGCAUUUAGAGGCAGCGCAGUGACCACGUUAAAGCUGAAAUCGUUGCAAAACACCUCUUAUAACUUACCACGGGUUGAUCAACUGUUUUCGAAGGAUUUUUACGACUGCUUCCAAAUCAACACUCCAGAGGGCUGCACCGUGGUACAAGAAAAUGAAACACCUCUAUCAUCAUCCAUCCCAAGGGAAAACAUACACGUACUGUCAAAGCACACGACGGUGACAAUUUCCCCCUUCACACCGCUAAGGGAUCCUCUGCACUGUGAUAUAACAGCAGCAGAGGAUACUUUUUCGUGGGAGCACCUGUACAACGAGCAUAUAAAACCGUUGGAGUUGCCCUCGAAACCAACCUACGAAAAGUUGAUUACACAGGAGAUAGACAUCAACCAUUUUAACAGUGGAGACUCCAACAAAGAAGACCACGUUGAGAUUGUUACUCUCGGUACGGGGAGCGCCCUGCCCUCCAAAUACAGGAAUGUCAUUUCGACGCUCCUCAAAGUACCGUUUAGAGAUACGGAUGGCCAACUGUCUCAGCGGAUGGUGCUACUAGAUGCCGGUGAAAACACGAUGGGAACACUAAACAGAAUGUUCUCGUCUUGUCAAGUUCGUGACAUUUUCCAAAAUUUGAAGCUCAUGUACCUCAGUCAUCUGCACGCAGACCAUCAUUUGGGUAUCGUUUCAAUCCUGUUGAAGUGGUACGAGGUUAACCGCGACAUUGCUGACUCUCGUCUGUUUCUGGUGGUGCCAUGGCAGUACAACAACUUUGUGAGGGAAUGGCUCAAACUGGAAGCACCUGAAGUGCUUUCCCGAAUUACUUAUAUCAGUAACGAACACUUCAUCAGCGGUACCAAUAUACGUCUGGAGACCAAACCGUUGAAUUGGGACGAGUUGGAACUGUCUGCCGAUGGUUCUCGCGGAUCGCCCCCAAAAAAGAAGAGAUUGGACGAGUCGUCGUCCUUCAGAGACCUUGUCUCGAUACGUGAGCUUUACAAAAAGCUACACAUGAAACAAAUUCAAACGUGUCGUGCGAUCCAUUGCAAUUGGGCGUACUCUUCCACCAUGGAGUUUGAGCUGGACGCGGUGCGUAGUUUCAAAGUAUCGUAUUCUGGUGACACGAGGCCGAACGUGAGGAAUUUCGCGAAUGGGAUAGGGCAGGGAUCGGACCUGUUGAUCCAUGAGGCGACACUGGAUAACGAGUUGACCGAGGACGCUGUCAAGAAACGGCACUGUACGAUCAACGAAGCCAUUGAGGUUUCGAACGCGAUGCGGGCCAAGAAACUGAUUCUAACGCAUUUCUCACAGAGGUACCCUAAGGCUCCAUCAGUGGACGGUAACCUCGCGGUUUUUGCCCGUGAGUACUGUUUUGCCUUCGAUGGCAUGAUCAUAGACUACGAGAUUCUGGGCGACCAGAUGUCAAUACUGCCAUAUUUGGGUAAAGUGUUUGUGGAGGAGCAGAAGGAGGAGGAAGAGACCGCUGGAGAGGGCGAGCUUGUAGAUACGUAA